CACACUAGCGAUUGCAUUGCAUUACAAUUACUCCUUCAUGGGGACUCUCCACUACGGAUACGGUAGUCAGCAUCAACAUUAAAAGAUCGAGUUUCAUUCCGUGUACGAGUUUAAUAAUUGAAUUUGACCGACACCAAUCCUGUAUUCCUCCUUAGCCCUAGUCUGUGAGUGAAACCGGUAUUUCUCAAGUGCGAAAUACCAAUGAAUCACAUUCGUGGCAGCCCCGUCUAAGAAUAUGAAUAUUCAUUAGCUCAUGCCUACGUGACUUCGUAAUCUCCCCUGUUCGCCCAAUCACGUAACCUAAUUAAUAUUCAUGAACCAACUCGUCACCAUAGUAUGAUUGGCAAAUGCACCACAGCGUCCAACAGUAGGAGGGCAGUUGGCGCGUUUGGGGUGGUGCUGCUGCUGCCGUGUUUCUGUGUUGUUGUCCUCCUCCUCCUUACUGUUGCUGUUCAGCGCAGGAUGGCGGAGGCAGUCACGGCACAGCUAGACUCAUUCGGCCACAAUUUCCAGAUCGCGGACCUUCAGGGGCUCCACCGCUCGCGCCAGGUACUGAUAACCAGUAGCGCUCUGGCAUCUGGCCAGGUGGAGAGCCGUGGUCCGAUCUCUCAUGUCCCCAACAGCCCCGCAGGAAUGGAGAGCAGUCAACCAAUCACAAUCACAGACCCGGUUACACGGCGGAAGAAGAAACGCAGAACUCGGGCCGCGGACAGUUUCACUGGCAAAUUUAGUGAUCUGUACAAGCUGACGGACGAGCUGCUGGGUCAGGGAGCUUAUGCUAAAGUCCAGGGCUGUGUGAGUUUACAGAACGGCAAUGAGUAUGCUGUCAAGAUAAUUGAGAAGAACGCUGGUCACAGUCGGAGUAGAGUUUUCAGAGAGGUGGAGACGCUUUACCAGUGUCAAGGAAAUAAGAACAUUCUGGAGCUCAUUCAGUUUUUUGAAGAUGACUGCUGUUUUUAUCUGGUGUUUGAGAAGUUGCUUGGAGGUUCCAUUUUAACACACAUCCAGAGUCGAAAGUACUUUGAUGAGAGAGAGGCAAGUCAUGUAGUCAGGGAUAUAGCACAUGCACUGGACUUUCUACACAACAAAGGUAAAUACUAUACUUUUACUCUUUGGCCCAGUGACCAUCUCACUGCGAGUGUGUUUACUCAGACUCAUCUCACUCUUUCCACAGGAAUCGCUCACCGGGACCUUAAGCCUGAAAAUAUCCUGUGUGAAUAUACUGAUAAGGUUUCUCCUGUGAAAAUCUGUGAUUUUGAUCUGGGGAGUGGAGUAAAGCUAAACAGUGCCUGUACCCCAAUAACUACCCCUGAGCUCACCACACCGUGUGGCUCAGCAGAGUACAUGGCUCCUGAGGUGGUCGAGGUCUUUACGGAUGAGGCUUCGUUCUAUGAUAAGCGCUGUGACCUCUGGAGCCUUGGAGUGAUUCUCUACAUCCUGCUCAGCGGGAGUCCUCUCACCGGCCACUGCGGCACCAACUGCGGCUGGGAACGAGGAGAGACAUGUCGUGCCUGCCAGAACAACCUGUUUGAGAGGAUUCAGGAGGGGAAGUAUGAAUUUAGGGAUGGAGUUUGGGCUCAGAUCUCAGCCGAUGCCAAAGAUCUGAUCUCGCGGCUGCUGGUGCGAGAUGCCACUCUACGGCUGAGUGCUGCCCAGGUCCUGAAACAUCCCUGGGUGCAAGGGAAUGCACCUGAAAGAGUUCUUCAAACUCCUCGUGUUCUACAAAGAAACUGCAGCACUAAAGACCUGACACAGUUUGCCGCUGAAGCCAUCGCAUUCAAUCGGCAGCUGUCUCAGAAGGAGGAAGAGCAGGAGGACUUCGGUGCCGUGGUCUGCUCCAUGAGGCUCUCCCCUCCAUCUAACUCUAGAUUGGCCCGCCGCCGAGCACAGUCUCAAGCACUACGCACCAAUCCCUGACACCUGCCCGCCUGACAGGUGCUCCGGUUAUACUCCUGCACAGCCUUCAUACGCAUACAUUCUCUGGUGAACUGAAUGGGUUCUUGAGCAAACACACAUGUAUAUGCAUCACAGGCUCAGUGCUACCAACUUGUAGCACAGAGUAACCUUAUAUAUACAAACCAAAAACAUCCAGACGUUUCUAAUUUAUUUACAGGUAUUUUACUCUGUGUAAUGUGAGUUUUGUGUAUUUUAAGCAUCAGAAGUUGUGCUUUUAUAUAUAUAUAUAUAUAUAUUUAUUACCAAAUAUUUAUGGCUGGCAGUGUUUGUCAGUCUGAUAUAAAAAGGGUGCUCAGCUCUGAGGGAAUCUACAGACGUUGAUUUUAAUGUUGCUGCAUCAGUUAGACUUUUAAUCUACAUUAGCAUUUUUAUACUUAAAAAAAACAGGUUUUAACAUUUUAAAACACCACUUGAGUUACUGUAAAGCACUGGACAAGAUCUUGCUUUGUUACUUUUCUAUUGUUUGCUUUAUAUAAGGUCUAGCUGUAGUCUAGUUAUAGUUAUUGUUGAGCGAAUAAUGUUUUGGUUUAUUUGAGCUAUGUAAAGCCAUGCUGCCGUGUGUCUUAAGUGGAAAUGCAUUUGAGAGCUAUUGUUGCUUUAAUGAGGGUGCUGAUGAGGUAUUAUAUACUUUCAGCUCAGAUCGUUGAUAAAUAUUGCACAGUAUGUAUUUUUGUCUUUUCAGAUUUCAGAUGAUUAUAUUUUUUUCAUUUUAUGUAUAUUUUUUCAUGGUUCCACUUUGUCUUUUAGAGCAUUGAAUUUUAUUUUGUUGUAAAAGUGAAGUAUUUUUCUAUGCAUCAGACCGAUGAGCCUGUCCUGCAGCCGAUUCAGUUACAAGGUGGCGUACAUUUUAUUUUUUGGCUUGUAUUUAGUGUAACUUGUGCCAUUUUGAGGGAGCAGAGCUCCUAAUGUGCAAAAUAACUAAAUGACCUCUCAGUUGCCUUUCAAAUGAUAAAACAUGCACGGUUAUUUUAUUUUUUUUCAUGUUAUUUGUUGUUUAAAAUGCUAUUAGAGGUAGUGGUUGUCUUUGUAUUAUGUAUGUAUGGUUGUGAGUAAGUGUUGGGAAACAUUUCAUGUUUCAGGGAUGACACUAGAGGACGCUACCUCACAUCGAUGGCUAUGUUCUCAGUAUUCAGUGCUUGUGUGAUACUCUAAUGCAGUAUCAAAGGCUAAUUUCAGAAAUGCUGUCUAUGGAAUUUAACCAUAAAAACUCUGGGACAGAUCACAGGUCAGGGGUGUUCAUUUGGUUUUCCAAUUUUGACAAAUAAAGUAGUUUGCACUGACA